AGCAGCUACCAUAAAAUGGGGACUGACACUUGAGUUGUUGGGAUCUCUAAGGUGUAUUUGCUAUUUGCCACGUCUAGUUUGCCUCCAUCCAUGCCAGCUCUAAAUUGUACGGAUGCUCGGUACGCUUACAUGUAUAUUUGCCCAAAGCGGGCAUAUUAUGAUUCAUGUGCUCCUAGUGAGGCGACAUCAACCAAGCAUCUCGCAGUAUUGUGCGCCCUUUAAUGAAGACCCGCAUCACUGCUACUCUGCUUCUGCCGUCUGGAUUAUGAGCGGCCCCUUUUUGUCCCCUACCUUCUCUCCCGCGUGUGUGCCUGAAUGAGCUAGUACCUGACUGCAAGUUGAUUCCGGGUUCCGACUCCUUCACCUGUUCCAGAAGAAGAAAAAGAUAAGGAGAGAGAGAAAAGACAGUAGAGAGAGAUAGAGUGAUAGAGUGAUAC